AUGUCAACCGAUUCAACUUUUUUAUCAAAUCAAGAUAAUAAUGAAUAUAAUGUAGAGAAUCAACGUGUGUAUAAAACAACACUACUUUAUAAGAUUAAGAUAUUUUUUAAGAAGCUAUGGCAAGGUCCAGCUGAACCAAAGGAUGAAUAUGCUCCUAGAUUAACUUAUUUCAAUUUUUUAGAAACUAUACCUGAUAAAUUUCACGAAAGGGUUGCACCGAUAUAUAAAAAAUUUUUAUUAAUAACAUAUCUAAUAUUCUGGUUCGGACUAGUCUAUUCAAUUUUGAUACCUUAUUUUACAGUUCCGCCACAUGUUACUUCAGGAACAGAUAUAAAAGAAAUUUAUUCAUUGUCAUGUUCAAGUCAAGAUGAAUUUUGGAAAGGUAAAAAUGGAGCUUGUGGAUUAAACGGAGAAUUAUGUCCAGAGAUUUUGAAACAUGAACAAAAUGAUAUAUAUAUACGGUGUCCUGCUUUAUGUGAUAGAGGAAGUUGGACAUAUUCGUUAAUUCCAAUAGGUGAUCAACGUAUAAAAUAUAGAGGUUAUUUUGUUGGAGGUGGAAGAGAAGUUGAAAACAAAAUAGAAAAAGAUCAAUUAACAAAUCCUUAUAGAGCAGAUAGUUAUCCAUGUGGAGCUGCUGUACAUGCUGGUUUAGUUUCACCUGUAUGGGGUGGUUGUGCUAAGUUAUCAUAUAAAAGUAAUGGUCAACCUUAUUUUAAAUCAACAAAGGGUCAUUAUGGAGUACGAAAAUCUAUUGAAUUUUUAUCUUUUUUCAAAUCAUCGUUCUUCUUUAAAAAAUUAAAAUCUGAUAAUGAAAUAUUUAGUCAAUGUUAUGAUCCAAGAUUUUCUGUUUUAAUUAUCAAUAUAAUUUUAGGUAUACCGAUUGUUUAUUUAGCUAGUGGUGUUGUUACUUAUUGGGUAAUUAAUAUUGUUGGUUUUUGGACCAUAUGUUUAGCAACUGAUCCACCUGUAAAUAUAGAUGCUAAUGAUCCUGAAGAUUUUGCAAACUUAUUAUCAAUUGGAUUAGAAAGAUUUCUACCAUCAUGUUGUAUAUUGUAUGUUUUAUGGCAUUUUUCAACAGAGAGAACCUUAUCAGAACCUCCAGCAAAUUCAAAUGAAAAAGUUUCAUAUUUGAGCAGGCUAAUAUUGUGGUAUCCAUUAUUUUGGCUUGGAAUUCUAAAUAAUAUGACAUUUGAUAGAUUACCUGUUGAUAGAUUAACAAUUGACGAUUUAAAAGUACAGUCAGGUGCUAUUUUUGCUGUUGGAUCCAUCAUAUUAACUAUUACAACCUGUGCAAUCAUACAAGCUUAUAAGAUUUGGUUAUCAGGUAGGUUUCGAAAGUAUUUAUUACUUUAUUCAACCUUUACUUUAGGUUUGGUGUUGUUAGGUAACUUACCAAACUUAACUUUAAGAGUCCAUCAUUAUAUAUUAGCAAUGUUAUUAAUACCCGGUUGUGCUACAAAAGGUAGAACAGCAUUAAUGUUUCAAGGAAUUUUAUUAGGUUUAUUUUUAUCUGGUGCUUCAAGAUGGGGAUUAGCAGCAAUUGCAGAAACUGCUACUUCAUUAUUAAGAAAUGAUCCACAAGGUAAAACAGUUUCACCUCCUUUAAUUACUAAUUAUGAUAACAAUUCAGGAAUAUUAAGUUGGAUGAGUAUUUCACCAGCAAAUGGAACCAAUAAUCAAGAGAAAUUGCUUAGCAAAUAUUCAGAAAUAUCUUUAUUAAUCAAUGAUAUUGAACUGUUUACUAAUAAAUCAAUAGAUCAAUUAAAUUUAAAGCAAAUACUAGAUAAGCUACCAAUAGUACAAGAUACUUUAAAUAAUGGUAUAAAAGAUUCUUCAGGCGAUAUAUCAAUAUAUUUAAGAUUAGGUAGAAAAAUUCCCAAUACCAAAUUUUAUAGUGAUUUUUCAAACGCUGCAACAUUAAAAUGGCCAAGUGGGAAAUUAACAUUACCAGUACCAGGUCUAACAUAG